GAUCCGAUUGCUUGAGACAUGUGUGAGAUAAUAAAAAUCGCCGGCAGUCGAGACUAUUAUCAGUGAAUUAUGUUUUGAUUUAAAAGCGCUCAGUUUAGAAGACAAUAUAUCGUCGAAAUGAAUUAAUCAGCGCUUAUUAUGUGCACGUACGAAGGGAAAUUAACAUUAUCUAGCAUUACGAGUGAGUACAUUCUUGUGUGUAAGAGCAUCAUUGUGGGAGUACCUUGUGUAAUGCUGAAUUUUUAUUCUAAAAAUACGUUUAAGUGUAUAUAAGUUAUGAGCAUCAGUUGUGCUAUUAUAUUUGGUUUGUUUAAACCUCAUAUGAACAUAACCGUGUCAUAGGUUUUGAAACGCUUGCCACAUGUUUACUUCCAAAAGUAGCGUUUAUAUACGACUGGAUGUUAGACUCCAUAUCGAAAGAAAAAGUUCGACAACAUAUGCAUGUCAAACGAACGCGAUCAGAAAACAGAUUGGAUUUGUAUUAUUUAACAUAACUGUGAUAUCGACAAGUAAAAUAAAUGUUAGGGUCUCUUGUAAAUAUAUUAUUCGUGAUAGGCAAACAUAGAAUUAAAUUUAAAUUCACAACGUGCCAUGUUAUGAUGUGAACCGGAAUGUAAUGUGAAACAAAAAGCAAUCGCAGUAAACUAUGACAUACCUUUGUUAAAAACCACUACAGAACCUUUCGAGGAAAAACGUAAAGAGAUAAAUUGAAGCUUUUCUUUAUAUGUAUAGACGUCUGUAUUAUCAUAACUUUAAAAAUGAUUUCAAACCUAAAAGUAACUUUACGGAUAUGCAAAGUGGAUUGUGCGACACCGAUACACAUGAAGCCCGACGGUAAGAGGUUCGAGCAAGCGUGCACAGUAAAAUUUAAUAAGGAUACCGAACACGUAAUGUUGUUCAACUUUAGACCAGCCACGUGCAUUUGAAAAUCAACGACAGAUACUCAGGCAACUCUAAAUCAUGGUGCAGGAUCACGUGACUUUGUUGGGUUUUAAAACGUCAAUGGAUGUAACACACCGCAAACUGAUGGUCAAUGGAGAGCUGCAUAAACUUGAGCUUGUCAAGGGAAAGGCGAAUGACGAAGACUCGAACGGACGGACGUAUAAGACGCUGUUUACAACUAAGGGGUUCGAGAUUACCAAGGCCGGAAAGCGACAAGAAAUUCUCAUAGUCAUCGAGCUGGAAAACGGCGUAUACAUGAAGGUGACCCUCCAGUGCAAAGUGUACGCCCCCGGGGACAAGAGCCACGCCCAGUGGGGCGACAAACUCUCCAUGAUAGACAUGGACUGCAGUUUGGACCCGGCGCAUAAUUACGUCACUAUUUUAAAGGAGAAAUAUUUGUGACGUUGUUAAACUAAAUGCAUAUCAUCGCAUAAUAUUAUAUACAGCAAAAUUGACCUUGAAAAGUAUUAUGUUUCUUUUUUUAAAGGAAUUAUUUGUGUUGUCGGCCAUUUUUAUGUGUUAGCUUGUAUUUAAUAAACAUGGGUUGACCACAGA